UGUUCAUAUUUCACACUUUGGGUGCCAAGUCUUUAUUUAAAGCAACUGGUAAAAGGUUCCUAGUGAAGUCUGUUCGAGUCAGUGUUAGAGACAGCUUCAUACACACGUGCAUACAAGUUGUUGUCUUCACCAUGCUGAUGCUGUUUGUCGCCGUAGCCUGCCUCGGCUACCUGAUGGCUGAUAACUCCAAUCUACCCUUCCCUUUGGACUGCGGUCCAAACGCAUCGUGCACCAAUGAUCAGAAUCCAUGGUGUAUCAAGGGCGACUCGAAACCACUAUUUGGACACUGCGCGAUACAGGAGGCUAUUUGCAAUGGUGGUGAGUUGGACAUGAGCAACGCCUGUCUACUCCCAUAUGUCAUCGACUGCGAAGACCCUUAUGUCUGUAAUCCCGAUGAAAAAGCAUGGUGUUUGGAAGGCAGCAGCGAGCCUGUAUUUGGCCAUUGUGGGCUACAGAUAGCAAUUUGCCUGGACAACGCCGUUGUUGACUUCACCGACAGCUGCCUCGAGAAAUGAACCCAUCCUUGGAUUUCGAGAUGCCUGAGAAUAGUCAACAUCGAGUGCCAUUGAAAACUGCCUGUCAGAGAUUUCUUGGAAAUAAAUAAAAGAAGC